AUGCCCAGAGGUGAGAAUCCAACCAGAGGGUCAAAUGUGACAUGAUGCCAUAAAAGACCAUUCAUGUUUGGAAAUAUUAACAUUUUCCAUGCAGGAUUGAAUGUGUUACUUCACCAUAUCUCCCUAUCCCCUGAUGUAAGUUUCACCAUAGGUAAGAGUUAGGGCUUCUGUUAAGAUCCUCCUACAGAAACACAAUUACAUCACAGAAUCACACACACACCAUGUCUAAUACACAAUCAAUUCUAACCUACCGUUUCUCUCUCUCAGGUGUCUGACUCCCUCUCAUUGUUUCCACAGGAUCCCACUUUAACCGGCAGCAACAUAGCCAUGCUACCUCUUGCCGGCACUUCCAGCUAGGCCCCCAGGCCCAGCUACCCAUUGACUUCCCAAUGCCCCACCCAGGUCAGCCCCAGUCGGGCAUCAACCCCCACCUGGCUCCCCCUGGCCACCAGCAUUCUCCCCAGCUCCACCCGCCACUCAACCCCCUACCCCCCGCGCCCCAGUUCCAGGACCUCUCUGUCCACCCUUUCCUACCUCCGGCCUUACACCAGCAGUACCUCCUCCAGCAGCAGAUUCUAGAGGCCCAGCACCGGCGCAUCAUGCCACCUUCCAGGUAUGGGAACCUGGUUUCACUCCCAUAGUAACUAGGGUACCUCCAUAAGCUAUAGAAAAGUCAAGGUUUGUACGAACAACUGCUGUAUAGUUUGAGGCUAAUUAUAUUAAUGUGCCCCUGGUAAAGGGGUAGUUCACCCCAAAGUUUAGCAUGUGUUUUCACACCUCAAAAGUGCUUUCAAAUUGAGUCCAAAUUUCCAUUGUUAUUUAACCAGGCAAGUCAAGAACAAAUUAUUAUUUACAAUGACUGCCUACCCCAGCCAAACCCGGACAAUGCUGGGCCAAUUGUGCGCCGCCCUAUGGGACUCCCAAUCACAGCCAAUUGUGAUAUAGCCUGGAAUUGAACCAGGGUCUGUAGUGACGCCACUAGCACUGAGAGGCAGUACCUUAGACCUUCGCCACUCGGGAGCCCAUUGGAUCUGUAGAUCCACACAACAUCUGGCAUGGAAUAUCAUGUGUACAGAAACCUUAUUUGGUUGUCCUCUGUCAGCAGACACCAGCCCCACAGACUGCGCCCGGGUUACGAGUUUGCUCCUGCCCUCCACGUCCCCCCACAGCCUGCGGCCCAGCAGCCUCGCUACCUGGCCGAAGGCACAGACUGGUAAGACGCCAGCUUGCACUCAUACAAUAAUGUGGCUUCAUAGUUAAAGGGAUACUUCAGGAUUCUGGCAAAGAUGCCCUUUAUCUACUUCCCCAAAGUCAGAUGAACUUGUGGAUACCAUUUGUAUGUCUUUGUCAUCCAGUAUAAAGGAAGUUAGAGGUAGCAUGCUAGCAGAUACCCAUAGACUUCCAGUCAUUGCGCUAACUCUAGUUAGCAUUGGCUUGCGAAACUACCUCUAACUUCCUUCAUACUGGACACAGAGACAUACAAAUGGUAUUCACAAGUUCAUUUGACUCUGGGGAAGUAGAUAAAGGGCCUCAUUGCCAACAUCCUGAAGUAUCAAUUUAAGUCUAAUACAUUACUCCUGGACUGUGGAAAUCUUAAUUUUCUAAUUUGAGUCACCCGCUCCCACAGGCAUGAUGUAAUCCAAGGACAAUCAUGUUAAUGAUUGUUGUUGGGUCUGUGUUUAACUGGUUCCUCUCUCAUCUCUCCUUCUGUGUUGUGUGGUUGGUCAGGGAUUUGAGUGUGGACACAGGGCUGCCUCCUCCUCAGUACCACGUCCGCCCGCUGCCCCAGCACUACCUGACAUCUCCCAGGAUGCAUCACUUCCCCAGGAACAACGCCUCCACUCAUGUGGUGAGAUCAUCACAACUAUUUUGCCAUAAUAUUUAAAUUAACAGAAUAUACAUUUACAAUUAAAGCGAUGUUUCAUGAUCUGUGCACUGAUGGCGUCCAUAUUUGUUGUACCACCUGGAGUGUUUGAUUUGGUCUUAACACCAUAGAUCAUUGUAGAGACCGGGUUCAGGGAUGGCUGGCAUCUGUAUGAAAUUCAAAUAUGUUUUCUAAGAGAUGAGUUGAGGAGAAUGUAUCCAGUCUCUCUGUAUUUUCUCUCCAGGUUGUCCAUGAGAUCAGAAACUACCCGUAUCCUCAGUUACACCUGCUGGCUCUGCAGGGCCUCAACCCCUCCCGCCACGCAUCCGCUGUGAGAGAGAGCUACGAGGUACUGUCAUCCCAGUCACACGGCCAACUCCAAUCAACCCUGUCACACUGUCACCCCGACACACACACACACACACUCUCUGGUAAUCACACGGCUGUCCUCACGCAUCCGUCCCUGCCUCUCUGUGACCAAUGCUGUGGACAGCCUCAUGUGGGACUGCUCUUCUCUUUUCCGCUAGUUCUGUUCUCCAGAUGCUUCUGAAUCGAAAAGCUAUUGUUUUAUUUUGCUUUGUUCAUUUGUCGUUUUUAUCAGACUGAAAUAAGAGCCAGUAUUAAUGAAGUGUCUUGACCUAAAAUAACCCUUGAAAUCCUACAUUGCUGAAGUAGAGACAAAUGCUUGUUCCAGAUGUUUCACGGUCUUUCCCCAUGUGUUGCCUGUAGGAGCUACUGCAGCUGGAGGACAGGCUGGGCAGUGUGAACCGAGGGGCCAUCCAGACCACUAUUGAAAGGUUUACCUACCCUCACAAAUACCAGAAGGUAAGAAUAUGCCCUCAGGUCGUUUCAGUAACUGAUGUACUGAGGCAGAAAAUGUAAUAAAGCACCAUAGAGUAGAAUGACAUGGAUGAACAUUGCCGUCUCAUUUUAGGUCAUUGUUAGCCACAUAAUCUAUCCAAAGAAUCCUGUCUCCUUUCAGUCCAAACAGACUUGUUAUUGACACAACAGUCAGAUGGUCUGGAGUGUACCCAAUUUAAGACCACGGAUGACUGCUGUUGCAGGUGAAAGGACAAAUUAUUAUAAAGCUGUUGAGUCUUGUGAAUAUUAUUUGAAUAUACUGAAGGAAUCAUAGGCAUGGAUGAUAUCUUAGUGAUCCAAUGAGACUGGAACCUGAAGCACACUUUUUAAUUGUGUCAGCAGUAUAUGCAGUAUAUAUAAGGGAAAUGGUACUAAACAGGGUUUGUCAGUGCAUCCCUAGUCAUAUAUCUGAACUACAGUACAGUGAGGGAAAAAAGUAUUUGAUCCCCUGCUGAUUUUGUACGUUUGCCCACUGACAAAGACAUGAUCAGUCUAUAAUUUUAAUGGUAGGUUUAUUUGAACAGUGAGAGACAGAAUAACAACAAAAAAAUCCAGAAAAACGCAUGUCGAAAAUGUUAUAAAUUGAUUUGCAUUUUAAUGAGGGAAAUAAGUAUUUGACCCCUCUGCAAAACAUGACUUAGUACUUGGUGGCAAAACCCUUGUUGGCAAUCACAGAGGUCAGACGUUUCUUGUAGUUGGCCACCAGGUUUGCACACAUCUCAGGAGGGAUUUUGUCCCACUCCUCUUUGCAGAUCUUCUCCAAGUCAUUAAAGUUUCGAGCCUGACGUUUGGCAACUCGAACCUUGAGCUCCCUCCACAGAUUUUCUAUGGGAUUAAGGUCUGGAGACUGGCUAGGCCACUCCAGGACCUUAAUGUGCUUCUUCUUGAGCCACUCCUUUGUUGCCUUGGCCGUGUGUUUUGGGUCAUUGUCAUGCUGGAAUACCCAUCCACGACCCAUUUUCAAUGCCCUGGCUGAGGGAAGGAGGUUCUCACCCAAGAUUUGACGGUACAUGGCGCCGUCCAUCGUCCCUUUGAUGCAGUGAAGUUGUCCUGUCCCCUUAGCAGAAAAACACCCCCAAAGCAUAAUGUUUCCACCUCCAUGUUUGACGGUGGGGAUGGUGUUCUUGGGGUCAUAGGCAGCAUUCCUCCUCCUCCUCCAAACACGGCGAGUUGAGUUGAUGCCAAAGAGCUCGAUUUUGGUCUCAUCUGACCACAACACUUUCACCCAGUACUCCUCUGAAUCAUUCAAAUGUUCAUUGGCAAACUUCAGACGGGCCUGUGUAUGUGCUUUCUUGAGCAGGGGGACCUUGUGGGCGCUGCAGGAUUUCAGUCCUUCACGGCGUAGUGUGUUACCAAUUGUUUUCUAGGUGACUAUGGUCCCAGCUGCCUUGAGAUCAUUGACAAGAUCCUCCCGUGUAGUUCUGGGCUGAUUCCUCACCGUUCUCAUGAUCAUUGCAACUCCACGAGGUGAGAUCUUGCAUGGAGCCCCAGGCCGAGGGAGUUUGACAGUUAUUUUGUGUUUCUUCCAUUUGCGAAUAAUCGCACCAACUGUUGUCACCUUCUCACCAAGCUGCUUGGCGAUGGUCUUGUAGCCCAUUCCAGCCUUGUGUAGGUCUACAAUCUUGUCCCUGACAUCCUUGGAGAGCUCUUUGGUCUUGGCCAUGGUGGAGAGUUUGGAAUCUGAUUGAUUGAUUGCUUCUGUGGACAGGUGACUUUUAUACAGGUAACAAACUGAGAUUAGGAGCACUCCUUUUAAGAGUGUGCUCCUAAUCUCAGCUCGUUACCUGCAUAAAAGACACCUGGGAGCCAGAAAUCUUUCUGAUUGAGAGGGGGGUCAAAUACUUAUUUCCCUCAUUUAAAAUGCAAAUCAAUGUAUAACAUUUUUGACAUGCGUUUUUCUGGAUUUUGUUGUUGUUAUUCUGUCUCUCACUGUUCACAUAAACCUACCAUUAAAAUUAUAGACUGAUCAUUUCUUUGUCAGUGGGCAAACGUACAAAAUCAGCAGGGGAUCAAAUACUUUUUUCCCUCACUGUAUGUGGACAUCAAGCAUCUUUCUCUUUUCAUGUGAACUAUCAAAACUUUGCGAAUGAAAUUGAGUUACAAUUGAAAAUAUGUACAGUACCAGUCAAAAGUUUGGACACACCUACUCAUUCAAGGGUUUUUCUUUAUUUUUACUAUUUUCUACAUUGUAGAAUAAUAUUGAAGACAUCAAAACUAUGAAAUAACACAUAUGGAAUCAUGUAUUAACCAACAAGUCUUAAACAAAUCAAAAUAUAUUUUAUAUUUGAGAUUCUUCAAAGUAGCCACUCUUUGCCUUGAUGACAGCAUUUCACACUCUUGGCAUUCUCUCAACCAGCUUCAUGAGGAAUGCUUUUACAACAGUCUUGAAGGAGUUCCCACAUAUGCUGAGCACUUGUUGGCUGUUUUUCCUUCACUCUGCUGUCCAACUCAUCCCAAACCAUCUCAAUUGCAGCACUACAUCACUCUCCUUCUUGGUGAAAUAGCCCUUACACAGCCUGGAGUUCUGUUUUGGGUCAUUGUCCUGUUGGAAAACAAAUUAUAGUCUCACUAAGCGCAAACCAGAUGGGAUGGCGUAUCACUGCAGAAUGCUGUGGUAGCCAUGCUGGUUAAGUGUGCCUUGAAUUCUAAAGAAAUCACUGACAGUGUCACCAGCAAAGCACCAUCACACCUCCUCCUCCAUGCUUCACGGUGGGAACCACACAUCCAGAGAUCAUCCGUUCACCUACUCUGCAUCUCACAAAGACACGGCGGUUGGAACCAAAAAUCUCACAUUUGGACUCGUCAGACCAAAGGACAGAUUUCCACUGGUCAAUGGCCAUUGCUCGUGUUUCUUGGCCCAAGCAAGUCUCUUCUUCUUAUUGGUGUCCUUUAGUAGUGGUUUCUUUGCAGCAAUUCGACCAUGAAGGCCUGUUUCACGCAGUCUUCUCUGAACAGUUGAUGUUGAAAUGUGUCUGUUACUUGAACUCUGUGAAGCAUUUAUUUGGGCUGCAAUCUGAGGUGCAGUUAGCCUAACUCUAAUGAACUUAUCCACUGCAGCAGAGGUAACUCUGGGUCUUCCUUUCCUGUGGCGGUCCUCAUGAGAGCCAGUUUCAUCAUAGCGCUUGAUGGUUUUUGCAACUGCACUUGAAGAAACUUUAAAAGUUCUUGAAAUUUUCUGGAUUGACAGACCAUGUCUUAAAGGGGAAUGGAAACACUAGGAUUUAGAACGCCAGCUAACUGUAACUGUAAAUCACCAUAUUGGCAUUGUUGCGUCACUGGCAGGAGAGAAAAUGUUGGAACUCCCAAAAAUGGCUGAAUUUACUGAGUAGCUCCGAGUCUGAGAAUAAGUUUAUUACCGAUAAUGAAAUAAUGUUAGAGAGCCAAUAAACCUACUGAAGCCGUUCAUGUUUGAGCCGAUCGUUGCACCUGAUCACAGUUUGUUCUCGUAGCAUUAACAACACAGAUAUACCGCCUGAAACACCUCAGCUAGAGGGUCUGCGUAGCGGUGACACAAACUGGUGUGAGUCCGGAUGCUGCCAGAUAAUGACUAGAGUAUGAGUGUGUGUGUUGUAGAGAGAUGGUGGCGAUACAGCACAAAAUCCCAACGGAUGGUGGCUGUAUUGCAUCCAGUCUGAGGUUCCUGUCAGUCUGUCUGGAUGGCGAUGUAUUUAUUGGACGUGUCACUAAUCCCUAUGAAGGACUUCCUGGCAGAAGAGGUUACUCGACCAGUCAGCAGCCGAUAUGCCAGUUAAAUAAUUGCAGACAUUUUCCUUGAUUAUAAAUUCUUUAAGGUUAAUAUCAGUAGUGGGUGGGUGCGAAAUAUAUAUAGGCAGUAUCCUAUAACGCUGUUUAUCAUCAUCAUCAGUGUUUGGCGCGAUGGUAACACAUUUACCUUUUGGUUAGACGACCGGAGUUCGAAUCGCAGACAGCAUAAUGAUUCAUGAAAUCUCAUUCUAACCAUUAUAAAUACAUUAUGAUUUAGUUUCGGUAUCAGACUAACUUUUCUUAUGAUUUUGUUUGCAGAGCAUAUAGGCUGGCAGUUUAUCGCCAGUUCACCCUAUGGGAACAAAGGAUAAUUGGACGAGAUGGACGGCGUCUCAUCCCUGUGUGUGUCGUUUCUUCCAUAAGGCGCACAUACCCAGAAGCAAAGGCAUUUACGUAGGGUUUGAGUUUGAAUAGAAGAACCAGUUCAUUUAGUAAAUCUAGCCUGCUGUAAUUUUUUUUCAAGACAUAGACCUAAUGCCUGUAUCUUAUGUAAAAAGAGUAUUACUUAGCUUGUCUACUAUAACAACAGGUUCAAGCGUAACCAGAAACUUGCUUUGAAGAUAAAACUACUUUCAACGCGCACUAACCCUGUGUCCCUGUCGCUAGAGAAGUGACUUCAACUAGCUUUGGCUGCCAUCUAUUGGAAAGGAAUGGUAGACUUUUAUAAUAUAUGCCAUUUAGCAGAUGCCUUUAUCCAAAGAGAACUGGGUACAUGGUAGUGGAAACAGAUCAUAGAAACAGGAUUACAAUUUUGAUAUCAUGGAUGGACAGUCCUUUCAUCUAUAGCUGUCUAUGAAUUUGAGAGUGGUUACAUUUCUCCAGCCCCAUCCCUCAGGUUUUUACCAAAAGAGGAGCAGGAAGACACUUUGUUAUUGUUUGCCACUUUAAGAAGUUAAGAUGCAGAUUAAAUACACACCAAAUAUGUUACAGAUACUAUAAAAAUGUCUCAUCACUCAGACAGUUAGUGAAUACACAGCAUCCUGCACAGAAAAUAAUCAAUCAAAUGUAUUUUACAAAAGCCCUUUUUACAUCAAAAUAAUAACCACAGUGGUUAUAGAGGGUGCAACAGUUCAACACCUCUGGAGCAAAUGUCAGUUGGCUUUUCAUGGCUUGAGAGAGAGUCGAAACAGCAGGACCGGGACAAGGCAGCACAUCCGUUGAAACGGGUAAAAAAAUAGUGAAGACAUUAAAACUAUGAAAUAACACAUGGAAAAACAAUUCCCCUACGAUUCCCUUUAUGGAUGUGUCUAUCUUUGAAUUCGCUGUUGAAUGGCCUGCUCCUUCUCCAUUUUCAAAACACCAGCCCGCUCCCCCAAAGUGAUCGAUAGUAUAUCUUGGCUCGCACUAUGAUGAUUGUGAUUCUGAGCUCUCAGGUUCAUACAGCGAGUUAUGGUCUUCACUGAUCUCACUCUUCGUCAGCUCCAUCUGUGGCGUAUAGGGGCAGGACUCGGUUGUAUACUGAUGGUCGUGAGCGCAGUCUAGCUGGGCCCCGAGCUCUUUAGUGAUGGUCCCGGUGGACCUCUUCUCCACUGCAGCACAGGAACACUCUGGUACCCAGGGGUCAGUUUGGCAUGCUGUACUAACAGUUCUUUCCUGUUGGUAGAAAACAAUUAAGGCAUCUAUUAGGCUAUAGUUAUAUUCAAGAACCACUGCAUAUACUGUAUAUUGUCCAUUUUAUAUCCAAAAUGGCCUCAGGGAUGACAGAUUGUGUCUUGAAAUAAAUAAUAGCCUUAGAAAUAGCAUGGAUUUACAUGUACCUCCUCUGCCUCCUGCAGUCUCCUCCAGGAUGAAAACCUUUUCAGGGAUGAAGAUGUCAUCCUGAAAACAAACAAACGUUUUGUUAAGACAACUGAACCCAAAUAUAUUAGUUGGCAUUAACAAGCUACCUGUCUUGUAUGCUUUGUCAACACACACACAGCAAAUACAGGGACAUGUUUUUCAGCAAACAUUAGCUAUGUCAACUUCAGUCUAGCUAAAUGAGGUGGCGCUAACAAAACAUUACAAAAACAAAAUAAAAUCCAUAUUAUUAUUAUUAUUAUUAUUAUAAAAUCAGUCAACAAAAUCUGAGGCGGAAGCUAGCUACAGUAACUACCUAACAACAGGGGACACGGAGAAACUGUUGCAAUUUUAGUUGCAGUUGAAUUGCUUGCUAACGUUCUUUGCUGGGGAUGUUACACAAAACACUUCAGACGCAAUUAGCUAGUUAACUUCAACUGGAGUUGCAACAAAGUUGUCCAGUGUCUAAUGCUAGCCUAGUCAACAACAGUCAUGACCGGUUAACGUUACCUCAGGCUCCAUUGCAAUGACUCGCGUCGCCUCCUCCGUUCAGUCUUGCUUUUGCUUGACUCCGAAGUCAGUGAUGUUGAUGAUGGUCGGCCGGUAACCUACACCAGGGUUCUUCAAUUCCGGUCCUGGAGGGCCGAAACACUUCUGUUUUAUAUUUCUACCUGGUAGUUAAUUGCACUCACCUGGUGUCCCAGGUCUGAAUUAGCCCCUGAUUAGAAGGAGAGGAUGAAAAACAGAGGUGUUUCGGCCCUCCAGGACCGGAAUUGAAGAACCCUGCCCUACACCAUGGAGUCCAUGGAGAAUAAGAGCACUUCCUCCCAGCUGCCCACUGCACUGAGGCUAGGAAACACUAUCACCACCGAUAAAUCUACAAUAAUCGAGAAUUUCAACAAGCAUUUUGCUACGGCUGGCCAUGCUUUCCACCUGGCUACCACUACCCCGGCCACCAGCUCUGCACCCUCCGCUGCAACUUGCCCAUGCCCCCCCCCCGCUUCUCCUUCACACAAAUCCAGACAGCUGAUGUUCUGAAAGAGCUGCAAAAUCUGGACCCCUACAAAUCAUCUGGGCUAGACAAUCUGGACCCUUUCUUUCUAAAACUAGCCGCCGAAAUUGUCGCAACCCCUAUUACUAGCCUGUUCAACCUCUCUUUCGUAACGUCUGAGAUCCCCAGAGAUUGGAAAGCUGCCGCGGUCAUCCCCCUCUUCAAAGGGGGUGACACUCUAGAUCCAAACUGUUACAGACCUAUAUCCAUCCUGCCCUUCAAAAGUUUUUGAAAGCCAAGUUAACAAACAGAUCACCGACCAUUUCGAAUCCCACCGUACCUUCUCCGCUAUGCAAUCCGGUUUCCGAGCUGGUCAUGGGUGCACUUCAGCCACGCUCAAGGUCCUAAACGAUAUUAUAACCGCGAUCGAUAAUAGACAGUACUGUGCAGCCGUUUUCAUUGACCUGGCCAAGGCUUUCGACUCUGUCAACCACCGCAUUCUUAUUGGCAGAGUAAAUAGCCUUGGUUUCUCAAAUGACUGCCUCGCCUGGUUCACCAACUACUUCUCAGAUAGAGUUCAAUGUGUCAAAUCGGAGGGCCUGUUGUCUGGACCUAUGGCAGUCUCUAUGGGGGUGCCACAGGGUUCAAUUCUUGGGCCGACUCUUUUCUCUGUGUAUAUCAAUGAUGUCGCUCUUGCUGCUGGUGACUCUCAGAUCCACCUCUACGCAGACGACACCAUUUUGUAUACAUCUGGCCCUUCAUUGGACACUGUGUUAACAAACCUCCAAACGAGCUUGAAUGCCAUACAACACUCCUUCAGUAGCCUCCAACUGCUCUUCAACACUAGUAAAACUAAAUGCAUGCUCUUCAACCGAACACUGCUCGCACCCACCCACCCGACUAGAAUCACUACUCUCGACGGGUCUGACCUAGAGUAUGUGGACAACUACAAAUACCUAGGUGUCUGGUUAGACUGUAAACUCUCCUUCCAGACUCACAUUAAGAAUCUCCAAUCCAAAGUUAAAUCUAGAAUCGGUUUCCUAUUUCGCAACAAAGCCUCCUUCACUCAUGCUGCCAAACAUGCCCUCGUAAAACUGACUAUCCUACCGAUCUUUGACUUCAGCGAUGUCAUUUACAAAAUAGCCUCCAACACUCUACUCAGCAAAUUGGAUGUAGUCUAUCACAGUGCCAUCCGUUUUGUCUCCAAAGCCCCAUAUACUACCCACCACUGUGACCUGUACGCUCUUGUUGGCUGGUCCUCACUACAUAUUCGUCGCCAAACCCACUGGCUCCAGGCCAUCUAUAAAUCACUGCUAGGCAAAUCCCCGCCUUAUCUUAGCUCAUUGGUCACCAUAGCAACACCCACCCGUAGUAUGCGCUCCAGCAGGUAUAUCUCACUGGUCAUCCCCAAAGCCAACACCUCCUUUGGCCACCAUUCCUUCCAGUUCUCUGCUGCCAAUGACUGGAACAAAUUGCAAAAAUCUCUGAAGCUGGAGACACUUAUCUCCCUCACUAACUUUAAGCAUCAGUUGUCAGAGCACCUUACCGAUCACUGCACCUGUACACAUAUAUUGUUAUUUAUUUUGCUCAUUUGUACCCCAGUAUCUCUAUUUGCACAUCAUCUCUUGCACAUCUAUCAUUCCAGUGUUAAUACUAAUUGUAAUUAUUUUGCACUAUAGCCUAUUUAUUGCCUUACCUCCAUAACUUGCUACAUUUGCACACACUGUAUAUAUAUUUUUCUGUUGUAUUUUUGACUUUGUUUUGUUUUACCCCAUAUGUAACUCUGUGUUGUUGUUUUUAUCGCACUGCUUUGCUUUAUCUUGGCCAGGUCGCAGUUGUAAAUGAGAACUUGUUCUCAACUGGCUUACCUGGUUAAAUAAAGUUGAAAUAAAUAAAAUAAAAUAAACACCAUAACCCUCGAAAUUUCAAAUGGAGGCGCAAGCAGAUGCCUUCAUUGUAGGCCUAUGACUCCUUUCCAUUCGGAAACUCCCGGUUGCCGCAUCGAAAGUGCCUGAAAUCGCGAAGUCUGCCUCCGCAAAGUGCUGUCUGCAGAUCCUGCUAGCUCGAGCUGGCACGUCUGUCCUCUUCAGGACAUGGAGACACUUUUUCAAAAGUUGUGGGUCCUUCGGCAGCCGAUGGUAGCUUAUCGAUGGAAUUUUUUUUGCCGCCAAUUCAUACAGCCAGGCGCUAUACAGUUCAUGUUUGAUUUACUACUUCUUGUCCGCACCUAACCUCACUGUCUUCGAGUCACUCUCUGCGCGAAAACUCAAUGCCACAGACAAUUAGAUGAUUCCUGCCUGUGACGCACUGGCGUCAGUCGUUACUAUGGCAAUUUAAAAUGACGCUGACCAUAGCUCAAAUAAACCUUGUCGACGAUCAAAAUACUAAAUAUAAAAUAUAUAUAUAUAUAUUAAAUGCACAUGUUUAGUAUUAGUGGAUUGAAUACAUCUCUUUGCUUAGAUUUACUUCCUAAAGUGUUUCCAUUUCCCUUUAGAGUAAUGAUGGACUGUCGUUUCUCUUUGCUUAUUUGAGCUGUUCUUGCCAUAAAAUGGAUUUGGUCUUUUACCAAAUGGGGCUAUCUUCUGUAUACCCCCCUACCUUGUCACAACACAACUGAUUGGCUCAAACACAUUAAGAAGGAAAGAAAUUCCACAAAUGAACUUUUAAGAAGGCACACCUGUUAAUUGAAAUGCAUUCCAGGUGACUACCUCAUGAAGCUGGUUGAGAGAAUACCAAGAGUGUGUAAAGCUGUCAUCAAGGCAAAGGGUGGCUACUUUGAAGAAUCUCAAUUAUAAAAUAUAUUUUGAUUUGUUUAACACUUUUUUGGUUACUACAUAUGUGUUAUUUCAUAGUUUUGAUGUCUUCACUAUUAUUCUACAAUGUAGAAAAUAGUAAAAAUAAAGAAAAACCCUUGAAUGAGUAGGUGUGUCCUAACAUUUGACUGGUACUAGCUUUUGGUAAUUACAUGUUGUUGUAUAUUUUAUUUUCUAGAGGAUACCUCAGGACCUUAAGCUAGGGCUGGAGGAUGAGGAACUGGAUACAGAUGAGAAGUGUACCAUCUGUCUAUCAAUGCUGGAGGAUGGAGAGGAUGUCAGGUGGGUCUAGUCACAAUGCUAAAGACAAUGUUAUUAUCAUGGAAUAUUCGGUGCCAACACAGACUACAGUUUGCAGAUCUCUGUAUCUAUGGUAAUUCUUAUUAACACUCUUCAUCCUCUUCCUCCGCCACCAGGAGAUUACCCUGCAUGCACCUCUUCCACCAGGCGUGUGUGGACCAAUGGCUGGCCACCAGUAGGAAAUGCCCCAUAUGCAGGGUGGACAUUGAGACCCAGCUGACACCAGACAGCUGA